UGUCGCCGUGCGCGCCGCUGCCCCUCCCCUCUUCGGUGCGCGCCUUCCAACCAAGGGGGGAGCGAGGACGAGAUUGAAUGAGGAGGAGGAACGGAAGAACGAUACCGCGGCCUCCUCCUCCAUAUUCAAUCCCCGUCACUCGCCGCGUUUGUGUAUCAAAAUCUAUCUGUGUAGAAGCCCCUGCUGAGGAGGCGGAAGGUGUGACAGGAGUAGGGGAGGGUGGUAUACCGUGAGUGGCAGUGUGUCCCGGGGGUGGCCGGGUAGGUUCCGGACAUGGACGACAAGACAUUUACAAAAGAGCUGGACCAGUGGAUCGAGCAGCUCAAUGACUGCAAGCAACUCAACGAGAGCCAAGUGCGCACCCUAUGCGAAAAGGCUAAAGAAAUCCUCACAAAGGAAUCCAAUGUGCAAGAUGUCCGCUGCCCUGUCACUGUGUGCGGAGAUGUUCACGGCCAAUUUCAUGACCUUAUGGAACUCUUCAGAAUUGGUGGAAAAUCCCCAGAUACCAACUAUUUGUUCAUGGGAGAUUAUGUUGAUAGAGGCUAUUACUCAGUAGAAACGGUAACUCUUCUUGUAGCGUUAAAGGUGCGUUAUCCAGAGCGUAUUACAAUAUUAAGAGGCAAUCACGAGAGUCGACAAAUCACUCAAGUUUAUGGUUUUUAUGAUGAGUGCCUACGAAAAUAUGGAAAUGCAAAUGUAUGGAAAUACUUCACAGAUCUGUUUGACUACCUGCCAUUAACAGCUUUAGUGGAUGGUCAGAUUUUCUGUCUCCAUGGAGGUCUCUCUCCAUCGAUAGAUACGCUGGAUCAUAUUAGAGCAUUGGAUCGCUUACAGGAAGUUCCACAUGAGGGUCCAAUGUGUGAUCUUUUGUGGUCAGAUCCAGAUGAUCGUGGAGGAUGGGGUAUUUCACCACGUGGUGCUGGCUACACAUUCGGACAGGAUAUAUCUGAGACCUUUAACCAUGCCAAUGGCCUCACCUUGGUCUCCCGUGCCCAUCAGCUUGUAAUGGAGGGUUACAACUGGUGUCAUGACAGAAACGUGGUUACUAUUUUCAGCGCACCUAAUUAUUGCUAUCGUUGUGGAAAUCAGGCAGCUAUAAUGGAAUUGGACGACACCCUAAAAUAUUCCUUCCUUCAGUUUGACCCAGCCCCUCGCCGUGGAGAGCCGCAUGUCACUCGACGCACUCCUGACUAUUUCCUAUAAGCAAAAUUUACACAUUGCCUUCAUAUGUGCAAUUAUACUUUGCAUUUAAACACAUGUGGGCAUGUAUAUAGACAUGCACAUGUGUAAUAAAACAUACACGAAAGGAAAUGGUAAUAUAAUAUUGGAAUUUGCUUUACCUCCCCCUUUCCACCCAGGUCCAAAACACAAACACAAACAUCCAUCUUUCCAAAAUCCUUUUAAUCCUACUCCAAACAAAAAGGCUUAGAAACAUCAUGGACCAAAACGUGCCAUACUGUUGAUAAAGCAUUUCACAUCUAAGACUGCAGUUCAGAACAGAGAAUCAUAGCCAGUCCAUUAGUGUUUGCCUGCUGUAUUUGUAAGUCAUGUUUCCUUUUGAACUGUCCAAUCAGUAAAGGGUAACUUGCAAGGCCUUUAUCCCUUUUUUGCACCAACUUUGUAAAUUUUAGUUGUAGUGUUCAGCUGGCAUGACAUAUACCGUUUGGAGUUAUUUUUAAGAAGAAAAAAAGCUGCCCUUCCACUGUAUUUUUUUUUUCUGUUAUUCAAAAAUACUGGAGAAAUCUGACCUUUAUGCGUGUAUGCCAUAACAUUAAAGUAAUGUACUUUUUUCUGUAUAUUUGUCAAGAAAGUGCUUGCCGCUCCUUUGGUGUAUUUGAACAAAUAAACUUUCAAUUGUAGAUGUCC